AGACAUUUAUAUAAUAUAUGAUUAAUUUCAUUUCUUCUUGUGUAUCUUUGCAGAGCGUGCUAUUUAUGGUAAUUUGUAGAAUGUUCUGAGAUAUCAAAUACCAAUGGCAGACGAGGAAAUCUCGAUUGUUGGUGUCGGUUGUAGAUUUCCUGGCGCUGACAAUCUUCGAGAAUACUGGAGAGUUUUGAAAAACGGAGAAAAUCAUGUUAAAGAAGUCCCGCGAGACAGGUGGAAUCAUGAUGCAUUUUACGAUUCUGACAUUGACGCACCUGGAAAAACGUUUGUGCGCACUGCAGGAUUCCUUGAAAGUAUUGAGGAAUGGGACCAUCGUUUUCAUGGAAUAAAUGAAGUGGAGGCAGAACUUGUAGACCCACAACAAAGAAUUGUUUUAGAUUGUGUACAUAUGGCAUUAGAGGAUGGCGGUUUGACAAAAAAAGAUAUUGAUGGAACAAAUACUGGUGUAUACAUUGGGUCUAUGACUGACGAUUAUAUAAACUUUGUGUUGGAUGACAAUUCUGUAAGCAGCACUUACUCAGUGACAGGUACACACAACAGCGUCAUUAGUGCCAGAGUGUCUUACGCAUAUAAUCUAUUAGGCCCUGCCAUGACUUUAGACACUGCUUGUUCUUCGUCAUUGGUCACAGUCGACGUAGCUUCACAGGCUUUAAUUACUGGACGUUGCAGUAUGUGUAUUUGCGGUGGAGUAAACAUAAUCAUGGACCCUCAAUUAUUUAUUGCUCUGUCCAAAGCAAGAAUGCUUUCACCAAGUGGUCAAUGCAAGACAUUUACAAAGGAUGCUGAUGGCUAUGCUCGUGGAGAGGGGUGUGGUAUAGUGAUACUUAAAAAAUUGACUGAUGCUGUCAAGGAUGGCAAUAAAAUUUGGGGCACAAUAAAAUGUGGAACGAAUCAAGACGGACAUAUGGUGACACCGAUCACAGCGCCAUCUGAAGUUCAACAAAUAAAGUUGAUAAAUGACCUCUACGAAAGACAUAAUGUUGAGAAGCAAAAAAUCCAAGUCAUAGAAGCACAUGGUACUGGUACCAUUAUUGGAGACCCAAUAGAGGUAGAAGCACUUGGAAAAAAUUUUGGGAAAAAUCGUGAUGGCUAAAAAGGAAGUAUUCAUUGGUUCUGUAAAGACAAACAUAGGACAUCUUGAGGCAGCUGCAGGUGUUGCCGGACUUAUAAAAGUACUUUUGAUGAUGAAUCAUCGUACGAUUGUUCCGUCAUUAUGGUACAAUAGAGAAAACGAAAAUCCUUCGAUAGAGUUAUCGCAGCAUGGAUUUGUCGUUCCUACAGAGUGCAAGCAGUGGGAACGGACAGGUAAUGAAAAUCGUGUUGCUUGUGUUAACAGUUUUGGUUUCGGUGGCACAAAUGCUCAUUGUAUUGUUGAAGAAUAUAUUCCAGAAAGUAAGCAGACAUAUGAUAAUGAGUCAUGUUUACCUUUCAUUAUAACAAUAUCCUCAUAUUGCAAUGAAGGUCUUAUUAAAAAUGUGCGUCAUAUGAAUGAUGCAUUGAAAUCACAGGAGUACGACAUUCGAGCAGUUUCAUACACAUCAACGUGUAGGCGUGAUCAUAGAUCGUGCAGAAAAGCAGUCUUUGGAAACAGAAAAGAAAUCAUUGCUGCAUUUGAUGAAUUUCUGAGAUUAGAUGUAAAGCGCUUAAAACCUUCACCCGCAAGCAAUGUUGUGUUUGUUUUCUGUGGCGUUGGGACAGCAUGGCAAGGGAUGUGCAGAUCACUGAUGAAUUUAGAAAUAUUUAGGCAGACGAUUCAGCGCAUCGAUGAGUAUCUCAAGAAAUUAACAGGCUGGGUGAUUUCGUCUAAACUCAAUGAUAGGAGUGAUAUCUUGACUAAUCCGUUGGUCACACAUAUUGCUAUAUUUGCUUGUCAGAUUGGACUUGCUGCAUUAUGGAAACACCUAGGGAUAAAUCCUGAUGUCGUUGUUGGGCAAUCUGUCGGAGAGGUUGCUGCUGCAUACGUUGCUGGGUAUUUGGAUCUUCAGUCUGCAGUUGGAAUUAUAUAUAACAGAUCAAACUGUCUCGCCAAAGUUACGACUGGUACGAUGGCAGUAGUGCAUAACGUUGAGGUUUCUGUGGUAGAAAAUUACUGUCGAAAAAGCGGAUCAGUUUGUAUUGCAGUUUACAACAGUAAAACAUCAUGCACAGUGUCUGGAUUGCCUGAAGAUAUCGUCAAUUUAAAGCAGAACCUUCAAACUAUUGGUGAUAAUGAACCUGUGAUUGUAGACUUAGACGUAAAAUGUGCAUAUCACAGUACCUUUGUCGAUAAGGCAGCAAAUGAGCUUGAUAAUACUUUAGACACUAUUACGAGCGACAAGGAACGUGCACGAAUGUUCUCUACUGUGACAGGCAAACUAGAGACUUACAAUUCGUUAGGGACAUCUAACUAUUGGAGAAAAAAUGUCAGAAUGCCAGUUCAAUUUUCACAUGCCAUUGAAGAGGUGGUAUCUGAAAAUAAGCAAAACAUAUUCAUCGAACUCGGACCAAGUCCAGUAUUGCGAGCACAUAUAGACAAGAUAUUAAGCGAAGAAGUUAAUUAUACAUCGGUUCCGUCGAUGCGAAAGAAGGAUGAGAUAAACACAUUUACAGAAGCACUGUGUACACUGUUUGAGCUUGGGCUAAAUCCUAAAUGGUCAAAUCUAUUUCAAUACAGAAUCCUUAAUACUGAUAUACCUAUGUAUCAGUUCCGGAAAUAUACGGCACUGCACCAAAGUUCACAUAGAAUCAAGAAAAACCAAGGAAUGAAAAUCGCUGUCGACCACUUGUAUGUUAAGCACAUGCCAAUGCUACGAGGUGAGUUUCAUUUUAAAGUCGAAUUUAAUGCGAAAGAUACUCCUUUUGCGUUUUCAACACUUUGUAAAUAACCUACCCAUCCUUCCAGGGGCAGCCUAUGCAGAUGUUGGCUUUGAAAUUGGACACAGUGUUUUGGACCUUUCAAAGCGCAAUAUUGCAUUGUCUUUAGAAUUUAUGAGACCUGUUAAAAUACAACGUGACGUUGAAACCGUAUUGUUCAUUUCAACUAUUGCUCAAGGGAAUAAGCUGCUCUUUCACGCAAAACAACACAAUGUUACAAUGUGUAAAGGCUGGAUAAAAUCAACAAACGAACAUAUGGAAUCUCACGAAAUGUUUG